ACUGAUGAAUAUACGGAAUCUCCAGCGCGGAAUUUUGCGCCCAUUCUACGUGAUGCCGAUCUAUCGUCGCGAGCAAGGAUAGAAGCUCUCGAAAACAUUAUCAGAGAAGCUAUGAGGGAGCCGUAUGCAUGGCCUUUCCUGGAACCCGUUGACAAAAGAGAUGUGCCUGACUAUUACGAUGUAAUCAGCCGACCUAUGGAUCUUCGCACAAUGAUCAACAAAAUUAAACAACAUAUCUACGACACCCCUGAAGAAGUUCGAUCUGAUGCUUACCUCAUUAUAGCGAAUUGUAAAGAAUACAAUCAAGAAGGAAGUGAAAUCGUCGAUUGCGCCGAGCAGCUCGAACUCUUCUUUCAAGAUCGUUUUCGCACGUUCUUCGAUGAGAGCAAGAAGAAGAAAUGA